GUCAGUUCUUUUGCGUUUGUUAAUAGCAGUGGAGUGUUGAUUUUGGUUGUUUCACUUUGGCUUUGGCGAUUGUCAUGGGAUUGAUUAUUUACUAACGAUUAUACCUAAAAAUGACACGAGAUCGCCUCAAUGAAAUGCUGGAGGUUUAGAAGUACGUUCAAGGACUUUGAAUACAAGUUUGUACAGGAACAUGAAUUUUGGACCUUAUAUAAUCAAGAACGAAUUCUAGAUGAUUUGGAUCGGUUUUCGGAAAUCGCCGAAUGGAUUCGGAGCCUACAGCGAAACAUUUUGGAUGUGGAAGUAAAUAUUUUCUCCGAGGGUUUUGACAAAGCAGUACGAAAGUUGAAAGAAAAUGCUCAACUAUGUUAUAAGAUAUACUCGGCUGUGAAACGGAUGCAGAAUGACCUGUCGAAGCAACAAUGGCGAGCUCAGGAAGAGAUUGUCAGUCGUGUUCGAUCGAUGCAAUAUGAAAGCAUCAAAGCUGCCUACCUGAAGGCGUACUGGAAAUACGACGCGGUAGUACGGCGUUUUGAGGAAACGAUCAAACAAAAUAGUUUCUCUCUAUCUUCCAGGGAAUACAGCGAUCAAUUCGAGUGCAACCAAUCCGAUCAUGAUUUACGAUGGUCACAAUGUCGGAGACAAGCUUACCAGGAAGAUACUGUAGAUGAUGCGUUGGAGGAGCUCGAUGCUUUGGUAGAUCGCCAUCAAGAAUUGCGGACACUUGAGCGUUCAUUGGUAGAAAUGCGCGAUCUGUUUGUCUUGUUUUCCACUCUGGUAAUGCAACACGGUAGUCUUCUCAAUCUGAUAGAAGGGAAUGUACAGAUUGCGUCCGAUCAUGUUGCAAGGGCAGUUGAAAAUUUGGAACUCGCUCGGGAGUAUCAGUGGAAAUCGAAUGGAAGAGAUUGUUUAUGUUUCAAUCGGAUAACGAUUUUACUGUUAGUUUUGAUCGUGUUAUCGAUGAUUGUAUGUAUACUGAUAAUAAAAAAGUUUAUAUUGUAG